AACAUCAGUCUGCUGGAAGUUUUUGCGGGAUCCAGUCAUAAGUUAAGAGCAAUAAUCUUGCGUUACAUAACAUAAAAAUGGUUGGACAUAAUGUCUUAUUUUUACUCAUUUCAUGGAGUGUUUCAAUUCACUGCGGAAUAUUAAAACUCGAUCAAUCCUCUGUUAACAAUAACUUGACAAUUAAAGACGAAUCGGUUUUAGAUUUUUCAAAUUCCGGACUAAUUCGUUUAAAGAAGUCUUUUUUGAAUAGUUCCGUAAUAACCCAUCUGUUUUUGACCGACAAUGACAUUUUGGAAAUCGAAGAAGGUGCUUUUGAUAGCUUACCGAAUUUGGUUUAUCUUAAUUUAACUGGAAAUUUGAUACCGUUUGAUGAACUGAAUUUUGGAAACGAGUCAAAAAUUGAAGUGUUGGUUUUGGACAAUGCGAUUAUGAACCCUGUUCACAAUCCUAAUAUUACUUUAUCAAACCAGUGCAACAGAGUGCAUUUUUUCCGAACAAUAAGUUCAAACCAGGGCAAUACAAUUAUUCUUAAAAGCCAAAUGAAGCUGUCGAAUUUGAAAAAAUUGUAUUUGAGGAACAACAAUAUUGAAUCGAUUGAUGGAGUUAGUAUUGUAAUGUUAAAGGAAUUAAUGCCAAAUAUUUCUCAUCUUAUCCUGGAGCACAAUCGCAUUUCUUCAGUAAGUUUCAUUAAAUUUCUGCCGUCAACUGUGACCGAUUUGUUGCUGAGUGACAAUAAAAUAUCCAAAUUCGAGAGUGUGUCGUUGAAUCAUCUGAAGACUUUAGAAAUUAGUGACAAUAAGAUCAAAAAUUUGUGUGGUACUUAUGGAAAUUGCGACGGUAUGACUCUGAAAAGUGCUGCAAAUUUGGAAGUAUUGUUGAUGUCAAAUGUUCAGCUUCAAAAUAUCGAAUCUAAUUCUUUUGAAGACCUGGGAAAUUUGCUAUUGUUAGAUUUAUCACGAAACCAGAUUGGAGACAUUGCUAAACAUACUUUUGACGAUUUGACGAAUCUAAUGACACUGCGGUUGGACCACAAUAAAUUGGACAGUAUACCUGACGUUUGCGGUCUGAAAAAUUUGGAAUCUUUUUCGUUGGCUCACAACAAGAUCAAAAUAAUCGACGAUUCGAUGUCGUGUUUGUCGAAAGUAAAAGAACUAAAUUUGAGCAAUAAUAUCUUAGAUGAGAUUAAUUCCGAAGCGUUUAGUAGUUUUGCUGAGUUAGAGAAAUUAGAUCUUUCGAGUAAUAAACUUGUUAUCUUGCCUGACAAUUGGAUACCUUUAACGUCGAAUUUGCAGCACUUGGAUCUGCAUAGCAAUUUGUUUACAAGUCUCGCUAGUAUGUCGUUAACCAAGGCUGAGAAUUUGAAGUAUCUUAGUAUCGGAAGCAAUCCUCUGAAGGCGAUUAAUAUUAAAAUAUUGAAGACUUUGCCGGAGAGUACGACGGUGGAUGUUGAGAAGAUUGGAUGUGACCAAUGUCAGAUAUGUGAGAAAUGCCAGAAGUGUGUUGAGCCAGAAGAUCUCGGAUCUUCGGAUCACUGCCGAUCUUGUGGAUCAUAUUGCAGUAAUUGCAAUUAUUAUCAAGAAGUUUCAAAUGAUUAUGAAUAAUGUAGAAAUCAUAAGAACUACUUUUAUUUUUACUAUUUUAUCAAUUUUGUAAUUGUUUUCUGCAAUAUUUUCGCAAAUAAAAAUUCCUUACAUAUUUUUCCUUCAAUAAAUCAAUUUAUAUAUUAUUAUAA